AUGGCGCUCGCACACGCAAACUCCGGAACUGUAAGGGAUGUAGACCCCAGCAGUGUAGGGAUGAUGGAAGGCGCGUUCUUCGUUUCGCGGACUGAGUUGCUCGACUGGGUGAAUACAACCUUCAAUCUUUCCCUUACAAAAAUUGAGCAAGGUGCCUCCGGCGCCAUCUACCUCCAGAUUGUCGACGGUAUGUUUGGCGGAGGGCACAAGGUCCCGAUGGCAAAAGUGAAGUGGAAUUGCAAGUUCGACUACGAAUAUAUCCAGAACUACAAGCUGCUUCAAUCUGUCUUCAACAAGCAAGGGAUCAAAAAGCACAUUGAAGUUGACAAGCUGAUAAAGGGAAAGUACCAAGACAACCUCGAAUUUCUUCAGUGGCUGAAGGCCUUCUACGAUCGCCAGGCGGCUCAGUUCCGAGCUCCAGACAAACCGUAUAAUGCGUAUGAACGACGAAAGCUCGCAGGCUCCACGUUCCCGGAUUGGGCGCAGCCGAAUGACCCGGCGACAUCGGGUGUCCCCGCGUCGAAGGAGACGCCUGCGUCCCAGGCUUCGCUCUCUUCUCUCGCCUCUUCGUCUCCGCCAGUGUCGCGGGCGACUAGCCACGGCACACAGGGCGAGAAGCGCCGCACGACGUCGUGUUCGUCGCGCAUGACGAGCGCACAGCCCGCCGGCAAAGGUCGCGGGAGCCCGUGCGAAGGCGGCGAGUCGGAGAGGGCGGCGCGGCAAGUCUCGGGCAGCCGAGAGGAACGGACAUACAUUCGGGAGCUGGAGGCAACGACACUUCGGCUGAGGGAGUGUGCAAAGGCGCUCGAGGCCGAGGUCGACCAGGCACGACUGGAGCGCGAUUUCUAUUUCCAGAAGCUGCGGCGAAUCGAAGUGAUGUGCGGGUCUUCCGGGGUCGGGACGCUGAACGUUAAAGACGUUCUCGCCGUUCUCUACGCGACAGACGAACACCUCGAAGAGGGCGAGGACGAGCCGAUGGAGGCGCAGGGCGAAGAAGAGGAGGAAGAAAACCGCCGCUGCGGGGGCCGAGGCGCCCGCGGCGACGGCCGACCGGAGACAGUGGGCGACGGCUACUCGCCGUUCGGAGAGAAGAGAGACGAAAACACCAGGAGAACAGAGAAGGCUGGAGCGGCCUACGCUGCCCACGGGAACGACGUUGCACGCGGAGUUUCCCCCCUGCGUGCAGGCGAAGAAAGUGAGGACGACCUGCUGCCAGGAAAGCCGCGAGCGCGCAUUUGCGCCCGGGGCGGUGUCGAGACAGCGGAGCCGAUGCUUCAGUGA